CUGUAAUUUUCUCUUUGUGUGUUUCUUAUAGAGAAAUUAAACCAUCAGCAAAUCCAAGUGUCAAACAGGUAUAUAUAAACAACCAGAAUUGUCUGUGAGUGCAAAGAAGCAAAAAAAGAUGCAAUCACUUGGUCAAAAUGAGGCAUCUCUAGCAUGCCCUCAAGGGUGUUGCCCUACUUCUUUAUUGUUCAACCCUCCACCACCACCACCACAAUCUCAGAACACAACAGCCAAACCUAGAAACAGUUCUGCAGAGUGUAGACACAGCUUUGCAGCCACAACAGCAUCCUCAAUCUUCCCAAACACCAAAUUCACCAACCAUGAGUCCCUUCCUUCUCUGCAUGAAUCAUUCAGUGAGUUCAAGAAAGUGUAUCCUCAAUACUCCGAGACUGAUCAAGUGGACCAUGUGAGAGCCAAAGAAUAUUACCACCUCUCUUUCUCCAACCAAUCAUGCCUUGACUACAUUGGUAUUGGCCUCUUCUCCUAUUACCAACGCCAACACCACCAUGACACCUCAAAAACCCAACUUGCAUCUUCUUCAACACCCCAAUAUUCUGAUAAUAUUCCCUUCUUUAGCAUAUCCUACAAGACUGGGAAUCUGAAGACACUUUUGCUUCAUGGGGGGCAGGAAUCAGAGUUUGAGUCUGCAAUGAGGAGAAGAAUAAUGAAGUUCCUCAACAUUUCUGACAAUGACUACUUCAUGGUUUUCACAGCAAACAGAACCUCAGCUUUCAAGCUUGUGGCAGACUCAUAUCCAUUCCAAUCUAGCAAGAAGCUUCUGACAGUUUAUGACUAUGAGAGUGAGGCAGUGGAAGCAAUGAUUAGUUGCUCAGAGAAGAGAGGAGCCAAGGCCAUGUCAGCUGAAUUCUCAUGGCCAAGGCUGAGGAUUCGGUCAACAAAACUGAGGAAGAUAAUUGUUAGCAAGAGGAAGAAGAACAAGAAGAAAAGGGGUCUCUUUGUGUUCCCACUUCACUCCAGGGUAACAGGAGCAAGAUAUGCUUACCUGUGGAUGAGCAUAGCUCAGGAGAAUGGGUGGCAUGUGUUGCUUGAUGCUUGUGCAUUGGGACCAAAAGACAUGGACAGCUUUGGCCUCUCUCUCUUUCAACCUGAUUUUCUCAUCUGUUCUUUCUACAAGGUCUUUGGAGAAAAUCCAUCAGGGUUUGGAUGCCUUUUUGUCAAGAAAUCUGCUAUCUCCACUCUUGAAUCCUCAUCUUGUGCUGGAAUUGUGAACCUUGUGCCAGAAAGGUUGCUACUUCAGCCAUCAGAGGAUAAGCAUUCUUCUAAGCAAAAACCAUUGUCUAUAUUACAAGAACAAGAGUUAUCUUCCUUGAGUUCUUUCUCUGGUCGGAUACAAACCUCACAAGCUAUCAAAGUUGAACAAGAAUUAUCGGAGCUUCAGAUCAUAGCGGCACCUGCAAAACCAAAAGAAGGUUCUGGAAGUGUGGAAGCAAAAGGACCAGUUGAGAGCCUUCAAAGUAAGAAAGCACAAGAUAGUGGUGAGAAUGGGGGUUUUAACAUUGAGUGCAGGUGUUUGGAUCAAGUGGACUCUUUGGGAUUGAUAAUGAUCACCAAUAGAACGAGGUACCUUAUAAAUUGGCUGGUGAACUCCAUGAUGAAGCUGAAGCACCCUAAUGCAGAAGGGGUUCCCCUAGUCAAGAUUUAUGGUCCUAAGGUGAAAUUUGAUAGGGGACCUGCUUUGGCUUUCAAUGUGUUUGAUUGGAAAGGUGAAAAGGUUGAGCCUGUCCUUGUACAGAAGCUUGCUGAUAGGAACAAUAUAUCUCUCAGAGUAACCACCAACAAGAAGAAAGAUAGAGAUGAGCUAGGAGUAACUGUGGUUACUGCUGCAUUAAGCUUCCUGGCUAAUUUUGAAGAUGUAUAUAAACUAUGGACUUUUGUUGCCAGGUUCCUUGAUGCUGAUUUUGUGGAGAAGGAGAGAUGGAGAUACACAGCUCUCAAUCAGAAAACAAUUGAAGUUUAAUACAAUAAAUUUCACUUCAUUCUUCUGGAUUGUGGAACGAAGAAGACUCAAGAGUGUGGAUUCGGAUGAGGAUUUCAAGAGGAGAAAAUAGUUUACCUAUCCAAUCAUUUUGUUGAUUAGUUCAUAAGUCAUAUAGACAAUUCAGCAGUCAAAUAUAUUUGAUUUUACUUGCUUCUUCUGUUUUGUCCUUGCAUACAUAUUCAGGCAAAGAAAUCACAGCUAGAAAAUUGAAUAUACCCUUCUAUUUAUUCCCAAACUGACAAAAGUGUAAGUUCCAGCACUAGUAUAUUGAGCAACUAUUCUUCAAUGAUAUGUAUGUCUAUUUAACAAAAAUCAAAAUAAACAAUAGGCGAGGUUGGUUCUACCUCAGUUUUCUUGUCA